AUGAAGCUGUUGUCAUUGAUCAGCCUGGCCACUUUGGCUGUGGCGCAAAUUGUGCCCCAGGGGACCACUUUGAACUUGGAUGGUGUCAACUAUUUUAUACCGCCCUUCUCCGAGGGAAAGAUCCUGACGGGAGCCAUUCAAUCUGCCAACUUGGCAACUGCAUUCGACUUUGCACCCAUCACGAUUGUUGCGGAGGAUGUACUACCAGACAGCCUCGGAAGCCUGUUCUCUAAUUGGACAGUCGACGACGAUGUAUGGCAACCUGGCUUUACCGGAGCUGUCGUAAUGACAAACAGCUCGGGCUGUGGGACAAUAAACACCAGCUAUUACUCUGGUGUUCAAUCAUCGGUCUUUAGUCUUUCGGGUGCUCUGACAGUGCCGACCGGCCCUUAUUUCCUCAACGUCUUUAGCGGAGAGGUGCAUCAGGCAUAUCGCCUGUACGAGGAUUUUGCCGGUGCUUUUCUGGAGCCACUUUUACAGCAACCAGAUGGCAAGUUCCAGACACUGUCAGCUCACGUACAGAGCAGCAGCUCUUUGACUAUUGGUGUGCCUUCGCGACUAUACUUUACGCGUACAGCGGAGAAGCCCCUCGCCGGUGUCCGUGUCGGCGUCAAGGACCUAUAUGAUCUAGCCGGUGUCAAGAGUUCAAGAGGAAAUCGAGCUUGGUAUGCGCUAUACCCACCAGCAAAUGUGACGGGGCCCGCCAUACAGAACCUAAUUGAUGCUGGGGCGGUCAUUGUCGGCACACAGAAGCUGUCGCAGUUUGCCAACGGCGAGAACCCUACUGCCGAUUGGGUUGACUACCAUGCGCCCUUCAAUCCACGUGGCGACGGUUAUCAGAGCCCUUCGUCGUCGUCCUCAGGAGCUGGAGCAUCCAUUGCUUCAUACGAAUGGCUUGACCUGGCUGUGGGAAGUGACACUGGUGGCUCCAUUCGCGGCCCGGCGGGAGUCUCUGGCGUCUUUGGAAACAGGCCAAGUCACGGUCUUGUCAGCUUGGACUAUGUCAUGCCCAUGUCGCCGACUCUGGACACUUCCGGCUUCUUGACUCGCGACCCGUAUAUCUGGGGGGCUGCGCAAGCAGCAAUGUACGGCGACAACUUUACUUCAUUUGCGGAGACUGCACCGAGUUAUCCUACGAAGAUAUUCACCCUUGACUUUCCCGCAAACGAUACCGCCGAGGGACAGAUGCUCAACGAAUUUGCCAUCAAUUUGGCCAGUUUGCUUCAGGCGACGCUGACUGCGUACGAUAUCGAUGAGCAGUGGGCUGCAACAGGCCCUGCCGAGGUUGCAAGCCUCAACUUCACCGAGCUUCUGAGCACCACGUAUGCUGCAUUGAUCACCAAGGAACAGAUUCCCCUCGUGAGGGAGCCGUUUUAUAGCGACUACGCUGCUGUACAUGAUGGUCGCCUGCCUUACAUUGAUCCCUCGCCGCGUAACCGUUGGGGAUGGGCAGACACCCAGCCCGACUCGAUCCUCGACGAUGCCAAGAAGAACAAGACUCUGUUCAUGGACUGGUUCAACACAGAGGUCUUGGCUCCCGUCGAUGAUCCUCUGAUGUGUUCCUCUGGAAUUCUUCUCCACACACAGAGCACUGGUAGCUUUGGCGACCGCGACGUCUAUGGCGACGAACCUGGGGUGCCGUUGGGCUGGUCCCUAAGCCGGAUGACCAUCUUUAGCGAGGUGCCCGAUAGUGUCUUCCCGCUUGGAGAGGUCGCAUCGGCUAGUGACAUAACGAAUCAUACAGAGUAUCUUCCCGUGUCUGUUGAUAUCAUGGUCGCCAAGGGAUGCGAUGGACUCAUUCCGAGGUUGGCGCAGGACCUCGUUAGUGCUGGCGUCUUGUCUAUCCCAAAGCCCGGCGGUUCGAUGACUGGAGGAGCGAUUCUGUUCUAA